AUGCCAACCCCUGCCGAGGGCCGCGCCUCUACCUCGGCCGCUGCUAUCCCUUUAUCCGAUCUUGAAUCUGGCGCAAGGGGUCCCUACCGCUCGAAUGGUUCCUGGAAAUCCCCCCUCCGAAUCACCGCGUGCAUCAUGACCUUACGCACCAAGGACCCUGAGCCGGCCAAGCUCCAUGCCAUCGGAGCGCUCGACGGUCUGCGCGGCUGGGCCUGUAUGCUGGUCUUCAACUUCCACUUCCUCUUCACGUAUACCUGGACAGUCUCGGCGGGAUGGGGAUUUACCCACAAGAAUGUCUAUAUCCAUCAGCUCCCGAUCCUUCACAUGCUCAUCUCAGGCCACAUCAUGGUGGCUAUUUUCUUCGUCAUCUCCGGCUAUGUCCUCUCCUAUAAGCCACUCAAGACGAUGCGCAACCGGUCCUUCGACCAGACAUUCACUACAUUGGCCUCGGCGACUUUCCGCCGUGCCAUGCGCCUCUAUAUCCCCGCCAUCUGUGGACUUGCUUGUGUUUUAGUGGCCGUCCGGUGUGGACUCUAUGAUCGCACUUAUGAUAUCCUCAUGGAGGGCCAUACCGUAAUCGGGACGAACGAGGAACACCCGCCCGCUAUGGAAACUCUCGAGGAGCAAUGGUGGGACGUGUAUUACACGCUCACAACCCUGGCGGAUCCAUUCGACUGGAAGACCUUCUAUAACAAUUACAACCCCCACCUGUGGACGAUCCCCGUCGAGUUCCGUAGCUCGAUUGUCUUGUUCCUGACGCUCCUCGCCACCUCGCGCCUGAUGCCGGCCGCGCGCAUGACCCUGGUCGGGUGUCUGAUCUGGUUCUGCUCGCGCUACGGCCGCUGGGACAUCAUCAUCUUCCUCAGCGGCAUGCUCAUGGCCGAGGUAGAUCUGAUGCUGGGGACGUGGGAGCGCCCCGCCGGCGGUCCGCAAGACCACCCAGAAGAAAAAAUGCGCCUUCGUCUUCGCUCCGGCAGCAAGAUCGGCCUCCGAAUCCCGCGCCGCUUUCUGUGGCUCGCCAUCUUCACGAUCGGCCUGUAUAUCGGCUCGUCGCCCAACAUCGGUUACAAGUGGACGCCCGGCUACCACUGGCUCUGGCGGCUCACCCCAGUCACCUACGGCGAGCCGCACCGCUUCCCGCAAACUAUUGGCGCCCUCAUCAUCGUCUUCUCCAUCAACCACUCCCCCGACCUCCAGAAACUGUUCACCCAUCCGCUGUCCCAGUACGUGGGCAAAAUCUCCUUCGCCUUCUAUGUUGUCCACGGCCCGAUCCUGCAUUCCUUUGGCUACUCGCUGAUGCCUACUGUCUGGAAGUACACCGGCAAGCAAGACGACUUCCACUACUGCCUGGGUUUGUUGAUCGGCUGGCUCAUCUGCCUGCCUCUCUGUAUCUGGGCCGGCGACUUGUUCUGGCGCGUGGUCGAUGUCCCCAGUGUGAAAUUCACUCGUUGGGUUGAGAACAGCGUCCUUGCCACAGCGGCUCCGGCUUCUGCUACCCCCAGCGGACAAGAACAUCGACAAUCUUGA